AUGAUCCUCACCCGGAAACAUCGCUCAACUACUGAGGAACCUCCCCCAACUACUAAGGAACCUCCCCCAACUACCAAGGAACCUCCCCCAACUACUAAGGAACCUCCUCCAACUACUAAGGAACCUCCCCCAACUACCAAGGAACCUCCCCCAACUACUAAGGAACCUCCCCCAACUACCAAGGAACCUCCCCCAACUACUAAGGAACCUCCUCCAACUACUAAGGAACCUCCCCCAACUACCAAGGAACCUCCCCCAACUACUAAGGAACCUCCUCCAACUACUAAGGAACCUCCCCCGACUACUAAGGAACCUCCCCCAACUACCAAGGAACCUCCCCCAACUACUAAGGAACCUCCCCCAACUACCAAGGGACCUCCCCCGACUACUGAGGAACCUCCCCCAACUACCAAGGGACCUCCCCCGACUACUGAGGAACCUCCCCCAACUACCAAGGGACCUCCCCCGACUACUGAGGAACCUCCCCCAACUACCAAGGAACCUCCCCCAACUACUAAGGAACCUCCUCCAACUACUAAGGAACCUCCCCCGACUACUAAGGAACCUCCCCCAACUACCAAGGAACCUCCCCCAACUACUAAGGAACCUCCCCCAACUACCAAGGGACCUCCCCCGACUACUGAGGAACCUCCCCCAACUACC